AUGUUUGCCCUUGGGCACACUCAUUCACACGGUGGUGGUUCCCAUGGUCAUUCUCAUGGCGGUGGGGGUCAUGGGCAUUCCCACGGAGGUGGAGGUCAUGGACAUUCCCACGGGGGUGGGGGUCAUGGACAUGGCCACAGCCAUGGCUCCUCUGGCAACUGUUCAGAAGCCACAGCAGUCAGUAUCCCUCUUGCCAACGGUCUAACAGACGCUCACGACAAUUGUGAUGACCACGACUUUGAAGACGCCUCGGGAGACAGCAAUCUCAGGGGUGUCUACCUUCACGUCUUGGCUGACACUCUUGGCAGUGUGGGAGUCAUUAUUAGCUCAUUCUUUGUCACCAAUUAUGGGUGGAAUAUUGCUGAUCCUAUUUGCUCCCUAUUUAUCUCCGGUUUCAUAACCUAUUCAGCUUUGCCACUUAUUAAAGACACCCUCUUAGUCCUCGCUCUUCGAGCGCCUUCUAAUAGUCAUCCAGCAAAUUCUCAACGCAUCUUAAAGAAAGUGCUACAGGUGGAACAUGUCCUGGAAGUUGUGAACCCUUGCAUUUGGCAAAAUACGGAAGAUUCAAUAUGCUGUUCUCUGCGACUAAGGAUAGCUCCAGAGGCUGUAGAGCAAGUAGUUUUAUCUCGAGUUAAGGACCUUCUGAAACGAGAUCAAAUCACUCAUCUCACAAUCCAACUAGAGAAGAAUGACUUCUACCAGCACAUGGAAGUUCUGAAUCUCCAUUUGGACACCAUCUCACGGUAUUCAAAAUCAACAUUGUCGGAAACCACCAAAGAGCAAAAUCACCAUAAUUGUAGUCAUGAUCACCAUCACCAUGAACCCACUGUAACAACAACACACGUGGAUGGAAGUGGUUGGACUACUGUGAAGUUUUGA